AAGCGUCAGUUUGGCACUGACUCCGUUUUAAAAACGAAUUCGCUAUUAGUAAGCUGUACAAUUUAUGGACCCCUCGAAAUUUGUUUGGUUUUGUGUCUUCUUUAUUUAUUUGUUUCGACAAGUUUACUAGUUGAAAAUAAUAACUAGCGUUUACAAUUGAUCAUAAAUAAUACAAUUUAACCACAGUUGCAAUUCGAAAAUAAUCAUGGAAGCUGUAUCGUCCAGCACCGAUAAAGGUCUCCAGCAGAAUUCAGCGGUCCGACGUCGCCAGAUGAGACAGAAAGUGCUCAAUCGGAUCCGGAAAGUUAACAUUAAAAACAAGGGCGCAAAAAGUUUUUAUUAUUUCACUUAUGAAGACGAAGAAGUCAAAGCCAAGGAUGGUUCAAUAGCUUCCACUUAUUUUUUCAAUGGAGAGCCUUGCGAGGGAGAUGAGCAGUUCUUGAAGCAAAUGAAACGGAGCAUUUUUGUGAGCAAUAUUGCAGCAGGAACGAAGAAAUCUGAGAUAAAAGAUCUUUUUUAUAAAUUUGGUAAAAUUGGAAGUAUUCAAUUGAAGGCUCCCAACGGAAAAACAAUCGUUGGAAGACAGCAUAUAUCUCCUUAUAGUCCCAUCGUGGCAAUGAUUAAAUUCACUAAAAAGGAAGAAGCAGAACAAGCCUGUGAUUUGAAAGAUGGCAAAUACCAGUCUAAGCUUGUAGAUCAGAUUGAUCAAUAUGGAAUUGAAAAUUGUAUCCGUGUCGAUAACAUCGAUCCGAAAGUGGUUAAAAAAGAACUACGGGAUUAUUUCGGGGCGUUUGGAUCUAUUAUAAACAUUUCGCUAGAAACAAAUGAUGGAUCGAUGGUACUUACUGACAAUGAAUAUCAGCAUAUUAGAAGUGUUUGUUGUUAUGUACGUUUUGCCCAUAGAAGUGAAGCAAAAGCAGCGAAAGAUAUGAAUGAAUAUGUAUUUAAGGACAGAAAACUGCAUGUUGACUUAGCGUACCAAAAACAUUGCGACCCUCACAAGAUGAGCAACAAUGUGCUACGCAUGUUUUUCCAAAAUGAGGGCGAUGUAGUAGCUUUGGAUCAAAUUCCUCAACAACAUAUGGGAUACGUGUGCUAUAAAAAUGCUCUACCGGCAGACAUAAUAAAACGGUUGAAUGAUGUUUAUCGUAAUAAAAAAAUACACUUGGAAAAACUUGACAUAGGCAAUAUCGUAAAAAGUCAGAAGCAGCAGAGAUCUGCUGUGGAGCAAGGAUCACUAGAUACUGCUUCUAGUUUUGCUAAGGAGGAAUCCUCGGUACAGACAAUAGAUCCACCAAGCGUUGCAACAGCAACGAAGAAGACGAAAAUGAAGACAGUACAGAAGAAACUUGGAAACCCGGGUGUUAUGACGGGCCCACCAGGGGUUAUGAAGAAAAAAAUACAACGAAAAGCUGUUUCGAAGUCAAAGGCUAUCGAAUAUGCAAUAAAGCCGCUAAGAGAUGAGUUUCUGUAGAAUGUUCAUUGGAAAUAUAGGUUAAGGAUUGUUAUUGUAGAGAACGUGAUAAACAAUAAAUGGUUCAUAAAUUUUA